UCAAGAAUUUCUGUCAAUUUGACAGUUUAAUCAAUUCAUUCGAAACAUUUCAACCACAGAAGUUUAAUUUAGAAAUCCCCGAAAAGUGCUCAGCAAAGGCGUCACAAUGGAAAGGAUAACAUUAAACUGCGACUCCAAUAGGACUUUGAGUCAGACCAUGUCCCUCGAUGCAAUAGCGGCCAUCAAGGCCAAGCGUCUGGCCAAAAAGCGUAGCGCCAGGGAGCAGCCCGAGGGUGUAGAGUCCAUUGCCGAUAAACGCAAGAAGCGGGAGACACGCGAGGCGGACGAGGAGCACAAGGCAUGGGUGGUGCGGGAGGCAAAGAAGCGGUGGCGUGUGGAGAAACCACUCAGCCAAAUGAACGGCACAACAGAUAUGUCGUGUGGGCUGGAUCUAUUGGCAGAGGUCUACAACGCGAAGAGACGUCGCUUGCGGCGGCAUCUGCCUAGGGAGAAGGUGGCGAUACCAUUGGCUGGGCAACGCACUGCCAAAAAACAUAAAAAGAAACGAAAGGCCAAGGCUCGGGGAUUCAAGGAAGCCGCCAAGAAAGCUGAUAUCUCCGUUGGCGAUCAUUCUUCGGAGGAAAUGUCUGAAAUCCUUCGGUCAUCUCCCUCCAACGACGCUCGAGCUAAGAAAACAGUCAAAUCCAAGGAUUCCGAUGAGAGGAAGCCGGCCCAAGAAGCCAGCUGGCAAGACCGUAGUCGAAUCACCAGCUAAGCGACAUCGUAAGCGAGAGAGGAAGUCAAAGUCUGCGUCCAAAGGUCAGCCCAAGGUCGUCACACCAAUGACUGCGACUCCCACGCCCAGCAACAAUCCGAUGACUGCCCCCCGAGUGCGGGCUUGCAAGCUGAUCGAGGUGCCUAUUGUGUCGCCAGAGCUGGAGACGCUGCCCAGAUACAGCCGCUACGCCCAGGAGAAGUUCCUCAUGCCCGUGGCCAUUCCGGGCCAAACGGACCUGGGCAUCAAUACGUUGGGCAGCAACCUCAACAAGAAGUCGGGCACACGCGAGAGCGUCGUCCGUGAAGGGAUAAGGGCAAGAUAUAACUCGACCAUCGAGCGUCCGAUUAGAACUGUAACGCGCUUCUCGCGCAGACCCAUCAUUGUGGUGCCACAGGCGAUGAGCAGCCUAAUCACCUUGCACAAUGCCAAGGAAUUGCUGGAGCAAUUGCACUUUGUGCAGCCGGAAAUGCAGCGGCCAUUGGGCACUCUACGGCCGGAGGAGGUUGCCAUUGAACGUGAGUUUUCGGAUGGCAAGCUCAAGAAGUAUCGGAUCAUUGACAAUGUGUCCAAGCUGUGCCCCGACGAGUGGCAGCGUGUGAUUGCUGUCUUCGCCCUGGGCCCACACUGGCAGUUCAAGGGCUGGCCCUGGCAUGGCGAUGCCGCUGUUAUUUUUCACAAAGUGUGCGCCUUUCACUUGUACUACAAGGAUGUGGGCGUGCACAAGGAUCUGCUGAAUAUGGAAAUUAAUUCGCUGGAAAUAUCAAAGAACGAGCCGCACACCCACAGCAGCAUUUUGAUGCAGUUCUGGGCCACAUUGGACAAGUACGUGCGAACGCAAGGCCAGUUUUCGUUUUUGGUAAAGGAGCGGGUAUACUUUCCCGAAUAAAGCACAGAGAGAGAGAGAGAUCAUACAAGUCUUUAAGCUCCCUGGGGUGCAUUUUAUUCUAAUUGUUUUGCCUUGUUUGCAUUUUUUGUUUGUGUUUUGUGCAUUGAACAAUUGAAACAAAUAAAUGGAAGA